AUUCCUUGACGUACAUAUGAUUAGUGAAGGAUCCCCAUAUAGCAUCAUUUUAGAAGAAUUAAUUGUCGUGUUUCUGAUAAUCUGUAUCAAUAUGGAUUACGAUUACACCGAACUGCUGCAAAAAACUCUAGUGGUCCUGUUUUGUGGAGCCCUGAUGGGGAAGAUCGUAAGACACAUGUGGAGUUUCACGCAUGUGGAUAAGGAGCCUGUCAUAGUGCUCGUCACCGGGGCUGCAGGACAAAUCGGAUAUGCCCUUGUCCCGAUGAUUGCUAGGGGCCUGAUGCUGGGGCCUGAUCAGCCGGUAAUCUUGCACAUGCUCGAUAUUGAGCCAGCAGCAGAGGCCUUGGAGGGGGUGAAAAUGGAGCUGAUCGAUGCUGCUUUUCCUCUCCUCAAAGGUGUUGUUGCUACUACUGAUGUCGUUGAAGCCUGUAUGAAUGUAAACAUCGCUGUAAUGGUGGGAGGAUUCCCGCGCAAGGAAGGUAUGGAAAGGAAGGAUGUGAUGUCGAAGAAUGUGGCAAUCUACAAGGCUCAAGCAUCGGCAUUGGAGCAACAUGCUGCUGCAGACUGCAAGGUUCUAGUGGUUGCAAACCCAGCAAAUACCAACGCCCUAAUCUUAAAGGAAUUUGCUCCAUCGAUCCCGGAGAAGAAUAUCACCUGCCUAACCCGUCUUGACCACAACCGAGCUCUCGGGCAAAUCUCAGAAAGACUGAAUGUGCCUGUGAGUGAAGUCAAGAACGUCAUUGUUUGGGGCAACCACUCCUCAACCCAAUACCCAGAUGCUAAUCACGCAACCAUCAUCACAAGCAACGGCGACAAAUCUGUCAGGGAACUGGUUGCAGAUGAUAAUUGGUUGAAAACAGAGUUUCAAAGCAUCGUACAGCAGCGUGGUGCAGCCAUAAUUAAGGCUCGGAAGCUUUCGAGCGCAUUAUCUGCGGCGAGUGCUAUAUGUGAUCAUAUGCGUGAUUGGGUCCAUGGCACAUCCACGGGUACAUGGGUAUCUAUGGGGGUCUGCUCAGAUGGAUCGUAUGGAAUCGAACCCGGACUCAUAUACUCAUUCCCAGUUUCAUGUCAGAAUGGAAAGUGGUCGAUUGUCCAGGGGCUAAAGAUCGAUGAGUUCUCCAGGGCAAAGAUGGAUGCAACAGCCAAGGAGCUGAUCGAGGAGAAGUCAACGGCUUAUACAUGCCUCGAAUUGGAAAAGUGAUGGAACAAAUGUUUCGAUGAUUUGUAAAUUAUAACAAUGAGGGAGAAGGGGAAAAACAAUAUGGAACGUGUCUAUUUAAAUUUAAAUAGUGUGACCAAUAAGGCCAAAUCAGGGGGAAAGAUUCAACGGAGAUAUGACAUUAAAUCUCCCUGUUCUUUUCCUUUAUCAAAAAAAAAAAAAGAUUUAUUUCAGGAAAGGAAAAAAAGAAUCAUAUGUGUUGUUUGUUUUAUCAACAACUUGAUUUUGAGUGUUAUGCAUCUUGCCAUGCAGAAGGAACUUCUUGUAUGUAUACAUGAAACUGUCAAAUUAUGAUAUAUCCAGUAAAAUUCCCCUGGUUUCGCAGCG